ACCUUCUCUUCGUCUGACCACCAUGAGUGACCGAUCCAUUGCCAAAGCACCGUUUGACGACAGGUCCGCGAACAUCAUCCUCCGUUCUUGCGAUGAUAUCGAAUUCUACGUCUACAAAGAUAUACUCGUGGUGGCCUCCCCAUUUUUUCGAACGACAUUCUCUCUACCGCAGCCAUCCCCUUCGCCUGAUACUGCAUCUGACAUAAAUGCUGAUGGAUUACCUAUCAUCCGUGUACCUGAGGAUGGCGAAACACUGGAUUAUAUCCUUCGAGUCUGCUACCCGCUACGUCCUCCAGCACGGCUGACAUCCAUGUCCCUUGCAGAGAAGGUACUGGAAGCUGCCUUGAAGUACGAAAUCGAUAAGGUGAUUGAUCAGGGAAAGGAGGAGAUACUCUCUUUGGGUAGCGAAGAACCCAUGCGCUUAUAUGCAUUCGCAUGCCGAGUUUCUCUGGAGCAAGAAGCUAAGAGCGCUGCAGAGAUUUUGCGCAAGUCUCAUCCUUCGCAGGUGCAUACGCCAGCUCGCUCCACUGGCAACGUUGAGACCUGGAGAGGUCUCGGUCAAGUCGAUCAGGACUUUGUACGUGUUGCUACAAAGAUUUACAGCGAUGGGUUCAGAUGGAUUCCUGCUUCAUGGCUAUUCCGUUUGUUGCGUUUCAUUUGCUUUGAGGAGGUACAGACAUUUUGCCAUGGAUCUUCGGCUUUCAAUUCCAUGUCGAGUACAUUGACGGAGCCACAUCAGGCCGAUACGAUUCUGAACCAUUCGCCCGUUACACCAUUCGGACCUGAGUUAAAAAUCGAGGAGCAAGCAGAUAUCAUAUUACAGUCUUCUGACAAUAUCAAUAUUUUCGCUCACAAGGUCAUCCUCCGGACAGCAUCUGCACAUGCCAUGGUAGAUCGAAGCAAGGAAGAUGGAAGCCCGACCCGCGAUGGCAUCCCCAUGGUGUCACUUCCGUACAGUGGUAAAACGUUGAAAAGACUGGUGGGCAUGUGUUACUCUCCUGGGAAGGCGGUUAAAAAUGGGGACACAGCAGAGGAUGACUUACGCGUAUGGCAUGCAGCGAAGGAAAAUGGCAUGCUCGGAGUUGCUGCUGCUGCCAGAGAGAGCUGGACCGCGCACGUAGAAGCUACGCCAUUGAGUGCAUACUUCGUUGCUGCCACCAACGGCUGGGAGCCUGAAGCUCGAGCGGCCGCGCGUCACCUCGCCGUCAACUGUAUUUCGGUUGCAAAUAAUUGUGUCGACGAGAUGGAGAAAUAUGGCACAGCAAAAUAUUAUUAUGACUUGCUCAGCUUCCAUGACAAGCUCUUUCAGGCAGAACAGAAACUUCUGAAGUCCGGUCAGACACCGAUUCCGUAUUCACCUACGGACGACCAAUGGUGCGAUCCUUGGUAUGGAUCGACUCGAAGCAUAGCCCCAGCGAUUGCUUUGCGAGCAAUGAGAGCUCUAUUUCAAACCGUUAGAGUUCAUAAAAAUAUGAAACAAGGACACUCAAGAGGUUCUUACAUAGAUCCCCCUCCUUCACGGCAGAUCACCGGCCUGGAGUCUGAGUCCUCUGACAUCGAAACACAAGUGGCGAGGUUUCACAUUGCUCCCGCCGAGUGUAUCAGACAUAUGGUGGAGGAGAGCGAGGUUCUUCAGAAGAAACGUGAUGAAGCAAUAUUGACCAUCAAGAUGGGGUGAACCAGGGAACAUACAACUGGUAUCGAAUAGGGCUAGCAUCCAGUCUUCAACUACAAAUAGGAGUCAGGAUACUUGUAUUAGUAGGAUGGUUGAUCAUGCAUAUAUGCAGAUAAUUAUGUACAUAUCCAGAGUAAUUUCUCUCAACUC